GUGAAGCAGAGCACUGUAAUGAAGAAUAAAGAAAAAGCAAAAAGCAUGAAGGUGACCAACAGCCUGCUUCUUCAGUAUGAACAGACGCUGAAAACAGAACUGGAAAGUAGAAAAAGCAGCUACGACCAUGACCAGGAAGUCUACGAAGAGAGGUUUGCUAGCUACCUACAGACACUGCAGUCAUACAAAGAGACAUAUUUCCAAAAUCCCAUCGCUCAGAAGCUCCUCCUGCUGCAGGCUGAGAUAGAGAAAAUUGAGAGUCAAAUUAAACACUGUGAUGAUUGCAUGAUGAUGAAAAAGAAAGAACUGGAACAUCUUACUGAUCCAGAUGUGACUUCCAUGGAAAAACUACCAAAUGGUGUUUUAGGCGAACACCACACAACAGAAGAACAGUCUGAACAGAUGGAGGAGGAUUGCUCCAUUGACAUGUCAUACAUUGAUCUCAACCAAGCAGCUAGUGACCAUGAACCUGCUGCAGAAGUAAACACUGAAGAGAUGAGUGAGGAAAACGAACUGCAGGAUCCAACCAGCUGCUUCACUGCCUCUGACAAAUCAAAUGAAGAGCUGUGGUCUCUGCAGCUGUCAGAUGGUGAAUAUGUCACCCUAGAAAUUGAAAUAAAUUACAUUUUUUGA